UGUAAACAAUUGUUGGAAAGAUGACUUGUGUCAUACACAAAGUAGAUGUCCUGACCGACUUGCCAAAACUAUAGUUUGUUAACAAGAAAUGUGUGGAGUGGUUGAAAAACGAGUUUGAAUGACUCCAACCGAAGUGUAUGUAAACUUCCAACUUCAACUGUAUACUGAACAAAAAUAUAAGCGUAGUGUUGGUCCCAUGUUUCAUGAGCUGAAAUAAAGAUCCCUGAAAUGUUCCAUAUGCACAAAAAGCAUAUUUUUCUCAAAUUUUUGGCACAAAUUUGUUUACAUCCCUGUUAGUUUCCAUUUCUUGUUUGCCAAGUUAAUCCAUCCACUUGACAGGUGUAGCAUAUCAAGAAGCUGAUUAAACAGCAUGAUCAUUACACAUCAAAUUUAUUUAUAUAGCCCUUCUUACAUCAGCCGAUAUCUCAAAGUGCUGUACAGAAACCCAGCCUAAAACCCCAAACGGCAAGCAAUGCAGGUAUAGAAGCGCGGUGGCUAGGAAAAACUCCCUAGAAAGGCCAAAACCUAGGAAGAAACCUAGAGAGGAACCAGGCUAUGAGUGGUGGCCAGUCCUCUUCUGGCUGUGCCGGGUGGAGAUUAUAACAGAACAUGGCCAGGAUGUUCAGAUGUUCAUAAAUGACCAGCAUGGUCAAAUAAUAAUAAUCACAGUAGUUGUCGAGGGUACAGCAAGUCAGCACCUCAGGAGUAAAUGUCAGUUGGCUUUUCAUAGCCGAUCAUUAAGAGUAGCUCUACGGCUCCUGCUGUCUCUAGAGAGUUGAAAACAGCAGGUCUGGGACAGGUAGCACGUCCGGUGAACAGGUCAAGGUUCCAUAGCCGCAGGCAGAACAGUCGUGCACCUUGUGCUGGGGAUAAUAAAAGGCCACUCUAAAUUGUCCAGUUUUGUCACAUAACACAAUGUGACAGAUGUCUCAAGUUUUGAGGGAGUAUGCAAUUGUCAUUCUGACUGCAGGAAUGUCCAACGGAGCUAUUGUCAGAUAAUUGAAUGUUAAUUUCUCUACCGUAAGCCACCUCCAACAUUGUUUUAGAGAAUUUGGAAUUAAGUCUGACCGGGCUCACAACCGCAGACUGAGUUUAAGGAUGCCUGCCCUGGACAUCCGGCUUCUUUACCUGCAGGAUCGUCUGGGCCUGGCACCCACUAUAUUAUUGAUCAGUAUACCUGCCAUGCCAGUGCUAAUUCUACCAAUUUUGUAAGGCUGUUGCAGUCUCAUAUUUACGGUAAUAAAUAUUUACGUCACGAGUUGAACGGAAGUGCGAUUGAAAUUGCGCACGGAUCUCCCACUUCGUACAUUGUUGCUAUUUAUCAAGGUCUACGGAUUGUUUUUGCACAUUAGCUUGGAAAUUGUAGACUAUUGACUUCAAACAGAUAAUACAAAUCUGUAAUUUGGGUUUUACAAGAUGGCCAGCUGCAGUUUUCAGUCGCAGUUGGUAUCGAUUAUGGAGGUAUUAGCUAAAGCCGCUGUAGCAGAAAUAAACAAUCGUGUAGAUGAUAGCUGUGCAGUUAUACGUUUGGAAAUGACCCAAAGCCAACGAGAUAUUGAUGUACUGAAAAGAAAGUGUCGAAUGAUGGAGAGCGAGCUGAAGAAGACACAAGGACGAGAUAGGAGAAAAGUUCUUUACCCCAUGUCAACAGAAAGAUUGUCAUAUCCUGUCAAGAUUGUUUUGAACAAAGAAAGGAAUAGCUCACAGUGGAGAGGCAGAGAGGACUCUCCGUGCCAGCCUACUGAUGUGGAGCAGAGAGUGGAGACUGAACCCAUACUGAUCAAAGAUGAGGAGACAGCAGAGGACGUGUGGAAGACUGACCCUCAGGAAGAGUUCAGGAUCACUGGAGAGGAGUCUGGUUCCAAGCCUGGGAAACCACCAUCCUUUGAGCAACGGCACUGUGAUGAGGACUUCAUCACACAACCCAACAUAUCUUCCGAAGACUCAGUAAAACAUUACCCAAAUUCUGAUCGUCCAGAGGAACCAGGAACACCCCGGCUCCCAUCUACAGAGGUGUUCAGCACAGAGCAGCACCGGCCAGACGAGGACUCACUAGACCUAGUGAUGGUGAAAGAGGAGGAGCUGGAUAAGACCACAAACCUGGCAGGACCUGACCAGUUUGUCAUGGAUGAGUCUGAUGGGCAGUUGUGGACCUCUGUGGAUCCAGGCAGAGACACUGACCCUGAUGGCCACCCAGAUUUCUCCUUUCAUUCCACAGAAAAGUACUCUCAGAAUAUCUCAAUUUACCCAUCUCAUAGUGGACUGUCAACUGUUCCUACUAUGACAGAUUAUGUAGCGCCAUCACUUCACUCUUCUAUAGGAAAACCACAUGCUAACAUGUUCAGUGCAGAAAAACACAGUAAAGGACAUGUCAGAACAUUGGCUGAUGAGACUAGACAACAGAUGCCAGAGGGACAGAGCAGUGAGAUGCUGAACUCAAAUAAUGAAGGAAAUAGUUUAGCUCUACAGUCAAGGCAGCAUCAAUACAGGGCUUCAGAAGCAACAGUGAGAUUGAGUGAGUGCACGACAGGGUCAAACAUGGCCACCACCUCCACCUUCUCUGGAUACAGCCUGAGUCGCAGUAGUUUUAACAUGGUGAAGAGAAUGAGGACUCAGUGGAGGUCGGGCGGCACCACUGAGAGGCGUUUCAGCUGCACCUUCUGUGGGAAGAGCUUCCCGCGUUUCUGGCAGCUAAAAGAACACCUCCGAAGUCACACCGGAGAGAAACCGUACACCUGCGAACAGUGUGGCAGGAGUUUCACCAAGCAAUGCAACCUGAUCAGACAUGCUGUAGUCCACAGUGGAGAGAAGCCCUACAAGUGCACACAGUGUGGGAAAUGCUUCACUCAGCGCUCUGGUAUGAAGUCACAUCAAAGAACUCACAUAGGAGAGAGUCCAGUGUCUCAAUACGUGGCACCCGCAUACCCUGGGGAUCCACACACAAGUUUAAUGUUGUCUCAGACCAGAUGGAACAAAUAGUUCAUAGUUACAUAGUUUUUCUGGAACUUUGUUUUGAGACAAUUUGACAAGCUUUUCCUCCUAAUUGAUUUGUGAAUUGGUUCUGAUGUUUGACUGUUGAUGGCUCUUCACUUUUAUUUUAAACAACUAAUUUACAACUGGUAACAAUGUAUUUUGUACUACAAAACUGUAAAAAAAAAUAUAUAUUUUCAAUAAAAUGUAUUUAAUGAAAUAGUCAAUCUGCUUUUAGAUGAAUAAUAUGUAGGA